AUGUCAGGCCAUCCUAUUGUUCGUAGACUUACAGAGCAACAUAUAGUGAAUGUUGAAGUGAUAGCUAUUGCUGGUUCCCGUUUAAAAGAAAUUAUAACAACUCUUAAGCAAAAUAACCUAUCAAUACUAAUUACUAACAGUGAUAUUUAUAAUAUGUGUGCAAAGCUUCAGCAACAGAACUUAGCAGGAACAAUAAUAACUUCUCGAAUUGAAAGAGCAUAUGCCGCUCUUAAGGCUUACUUGCAAGGAUCUAUAGGAGAUCUUUACUGGGUUUAUAUAGCAAUAUUACUAGUAGUAACUAAUCAGAAAAAAGAGCUAAAUACUAUGAUUAUAUUUAAAUGGAUUCAUAUUCUGGUUUUUGCUACUAACGAUGUUUUAUAUACAAAUAUCAAAG